CACCCCAGCAUAACUCCAUCCAUUUAACAUCCAUCUAAGGCCCUCUAACGGACCAUCCCCUCAUCCUACAUACUCCCUAACAUGACCCGUACUCAGCGCUCUACAGAUCCUCAUGCUCUCAUAAAGGACAGAUCUGAAGCUAGGAACGGUCUUGACAAAUCCAUGAAGAAACAAGGUGGCGGUCCUCACUCAUGGGGCUCCCUCAAGGAUGAGGCGCGACUCGAACUCGAAGCUGACGAGGACGAGAGAUUCGAGGAGGAUCUCGGACAGGAUGCCUCUCGUCAGGAGCCUCUGAGCCCCAAGACUGUUCAGCCAGGCGAAUUCACAGAGGAAGAGGAGAGGGUUAAAACCGAGGCUAUCAACAUCAGGACUGGUAUCAAGAACGGCGGUCCUCUCGACCUCAAUGCCAUUGCUCAGACCUCGGUUGCCGUCUCCGGCUCUCCUCCCCGUUCUCGCAACGAGUUCAGCCCCGUCAGCACCCCCAGCGAGGCGCACACUACCAGGACCGGCGACUUCUGAUUGCACUCCAACUCGAUUUGGCGCCGGUCGAUCAGAUCGUUAACCCCUAUGUUGAUUGCAUCAUCCGAGCCGACCCAGACCGCUCAUUUUAGCAUUACUUACCGGCCAACAGUAUAAAUAUAAAGAUUGAUGUACCCAUAGGAAUAGCAAUUCAAGUCAAGUGGUU